AUGUCUCAACCUCCUACUCCUAUCAGUGAUCUAUACAGGUUUUAUGAUGUUGUAGAAGAACUAUACUUACCAAAUUCAAGUCUUUGGAAUAUUGAUCUCCUUAAUAAGUUAUUUGAUGCUGCCACCUCAAUGAAGAUUCAAGCUCUUUUUAUUGAUAUCAGCAAAGAAGAUGUAAUGAUUUGGUCUCCUUUUAAAGAUGGUAAAUUCUCAGUUAAAAGCACUUAUAAACUUUUAACUCUCAAUAACAGUGAUAUUCAGGUAAAUGGUAUUAGUAUUAAUCCAAAAGCCUGGAAGAAUCUGUGGAACUGCUCAGCUGCUCAGAGGAUUAAAUUGUUCUCUUGGAAAUGCAUAAGGGGUCUUAACAUAAUAAAAAUAAAGAGAGCUCAAUGUAAUUCUUCUUUGGACACUCAAUGUGAUAUUUGUGGAUACACUGUGGAAAACAUAGAGCAUAUUAUUUUUCAUUGCAAGCACGCUAAAGAAGUAUGGAAGGGUGUGAACAUUAAUAUUGAUACUAUCUCUGAAAGUUUCAAUUCAAUCUCUGAAUGGGUUUUAAGUUGGUUUGAUCCUGACAACAAUGCUCCAGAAGAUAGUAAGCUUUUCUUGCUAAUGAUAAGCAUAUGGGUUUUAUGGAAGGAUAAAUGUGAUGUGGUAUUCCAGGGAGUAAAACUCAACUCUAUCUCUUCUGUGCAUAAAAUUUCUUAUCAUUUAGCUUCUCAUUUGCGCACUUAUAAGAUAUCUAAUGCAUCCACUCGGAUCAUUUCUAGUUUUAACUCUAGCUGGAAGCCACCCCCUAAUGGUAUUUUCAAACUUGAUGUAGAUGGAUUCUUUGAUUAUAAUACUAAUCAAUAUGUUAUUGGUGUUGUAAUACGUGAUCAUACAGGUACUUUCCUUGGAAUCAAAUGGAACUAUGGAGAUGGAGCACUGAAUCCAGAAGAAGCAGAGUGUAUGGCAGUUCUAGAAGCUUUAUUUUGCGCACUGGAGAGGAACUUCUCAAGCAUUCAAAUUGAAGCGGAUGCCAAGCUAGUAAUAGAAUCUAUUAAGAGUAGUAAUUUGCUUACUCAAUGGGAGAAUAGAAACUUAAUAAAUGAGAUACAAUAUCUCAUCUCCAAGUUUUUGUUUUGA